ACACCUAUGACAAUGUGUUUGUACUGUCUGUAGGUUGACGUCCAGCUUUGUGCUGUCUGUUAUGAGAAAGCUUUAUGAAACUGGUUCUGUGCACAUCGUGUCCAGCCUGUUGAACUCAACAAAGAAGUGCAUUAACUUGGAGAACAGAGAGCUGAACUCUGUCGACUGUGCUGCACUGCGCUUCACCAAGCGUCUCCCUCAAACUGCUGUGGGCCUCCGUACCAGAGGGGGAGCUACAGAGCAUCAUGCCACUACUCAACCAUGUCUCCCAUCUCAGGUUGGCCAGAGUUUUGUUUUGUUUUACACCAUGUCUGAGCUCAGGGUUGACCGGCUGCUAUUGCUGAGACUGCUACACUGCUGCAAUAUUCCUGAGCUCCAGAAGGAAGCUGAAGUUCUGUUCUCUGCUCUACACCAUAAGCUGGACGUCUCCUGCCACGAUGCUCUGGACCCCACAGCAGACACGAUGACAUUCAGUCUUACCAUCGAGGAUUGCAGGGUCAUAUGCACGGCCAUUGUGAGGGCUCCAGAAAACCUCCAUCUUAAUCUGUGUGACUGUGAGGUAGAGGAGGCAGGAGUGAUGCAGCUCCAAACUAUUCUCCACAAAGUCACGCUGAAUUGCAGUGAACAUCUGCUUAAAUUUGAUUUAAAAAAAAGAUUUAAAAUCUGCGGCUCUGGAAAGGGAAAUGGAUCUCGGUCCCGGCCCUGCAGAUCAGUGGGACUAGUUCUGGAACAUUAUGAAUAGCUGUACGGAAUGAAGGUUUUACCUCUGAAGAAACUGGAAGCAAAGUCUAUGCAAGAACAUCAUCAAACCUCAACAACCAAAAUGAAAAAGUUACAAAACGUAACAAAAUCACUUGGCACAAGCAUCAUCAUCAGCGCCACCUAUGUGGGCUGUGGGCAGUUCCUUCCCCCGUCCGAAACAUCGACUGACCGUUUGAAGUGUGUUUUUAUUCCAAGUUUUUGUUUGUGUGCA